ACGCAUGUGCACUAUAUCACACAUAUCACGUCUGCAGCAUUGUAGCUCUACAUGUCUGUAUAAUAUUUGUUUCAUAAUAUAUUUGCUGUAGCCUCUAUAUAUAUCUGUGGUUUCAGAUAUACACAUCAAAAGCAAUGAAGCUGAAUGUAGUUUUAGCUGCACUUAACCUUGUUUACUUAUCAUGCAUAUUAGCUAGCGGCUUUCUAUGUGAUCAGGUGGCCUCCGUCAAAGAAGCAAAGCUCAAUGGAGUGCAGAAACACAAGUUUGAAGUGAUUCCCAUCGUUGGUGCAGUUGGUCCAGAGAGCUUUGCGUUUCAUCCCAUCACCGGUGAAGGGCCGUACACCGGUGUCUCCGAUGGCCGGAUUAUUAAGUGGAAUCAGCAGCAACGCCGGUGGACAAACUUCGCGGUCACGUCUUCAAAACGAGAGGGCUGUCAAGGACCACAGGAUUAUGAAACUACAGAAGACGUAUGCGGACGUCCAUUGGGCUUGGGCUUCAACAGGAGGACGGGAGAUUUAUACAUUGCUGAUGCAUAUAGGGGCCUCUAUGUAGUUGGGCCGAAAGGUGGUUUAGCUACUCUGGUCACAGCAGAUGCUGAGGGGGUUCCGUUUACAUUUCUCAAUGGCUUGGAUGUAGAUCACAGGACAGGGGAUGUGUACUUCACAGAUAGCAGCUCAGUGUAUCAACGCAGAGAUUUCGCAUUAGUGAUAAUUACGGAAGACAGCACAGGAAGAUUACUGAAAUACAGUCCCAAAACGAAGAAAACGACGGUAAUUCUCAAGAAUCUGACGUAUCCGAAUGGAAUAGCCAUGAGCAGAAACCGAGAUUUUCUUUUAUUUGCCGAGACUACUAAAACCAGGAUUCUCAAGUUGUGGCUUCAACCAUCAGCUAAAGCUGGAAAAGUAGAAGUAUUUGCUAAGCUGCCAAGCUAUCCAGAUAACAUAAAAAUGAACCAUAAGGGCGAGCUUUGGGCGGCAUUGUAUUCUACUACACCAGAUUCUUGGAUUACAAAUUAUAAAGCGUCGAUGAAUUUUGGCAAGACGAAAGUCUUGGCAGAGGAUGGAUCAGGAAUGGCAGUGAAGGUGAGUGACAAUGGGACGAUCACAGAAGUGUUGGAAGAUAAAGAUGGAAAGGUAUGGAAAUUGGCAAGUGAAGUUGAGGAAAGAAAUGGGUGCUUAUGGAUUGGAUCCGUAGUCAUGCCUUAUGCAGUACUAAAGACGACUUAGUGCAUUCGAAAUCCAUGUAUUGUUCUACAUUUAAGUAUUGCAUAUCGAUUCUGAUCGUAUUGAUCUUGUUAUUCGGUAUUUUUAGAUUGCAUGUGUGGUGCUGCUAAGAAUUAUUUGUUCCCGUCUAUUUUUACUCCAAUAGAAGCUGUUAUAUGUUUAUAUAUAUAAUGCCUCUCUUGGUUAUUUGGGCUGAA